UUUGUCAACAGUGGAUGACUGAAUAACCAGCACCUUCUUUCUAUUGGGAGUGGUGGUGAGUGAAUGGAGCUGCCCAGCCAUGGGCCGUGUCCAGGCUUCAAGAAUAACUGAGGCCAUCUGGGGAAUGUCGUGAACCCCUCUACACCCUCCGCCUCUGCUGCUCUUUCUCCAUCUCUGCGGCUGGCAGGUGUGUCUGUCUUCUCCUGAGGGACUCUGGUGGCAGAGAAGAUGCACACAGGUACCUUGUUCAGGUGUGUGUGACUAUGUUUCUGUCCAGGGGUGGACACAUGUGGGUGUGUGUACCUGCUGAUCCCCCUCAGCUGAGCAGUGGAGGUGACCUUCAGGAAGCGCAAGGCUUCAGAGCCCCAGCAUGGCCACAGCUGCCUCUGUGACCAGCCUGGUCGAUGAGGUCAACUGCCCCAUCUGCCAAGGAACUCUGAAGGAACCAGUCACCAUUGAUUGUGGCCACAAUUUCUGCCGGGGCUGCCUUACUCGUUACUGUGAGAUCCCCGCUCCGGAGUCUGAGGAGUCCCUCACCUGCCCCCUGUGCAAGGAGCCUUUCCGCCCAGGGGGCUUCAGGCCCAACUGGCAGCUGGCCAACGUGGUGGAGAACAUCGAACACCUCCAGCUGGUGUCCACGCUGGGCCCCGGGGAUGAAGACAUCUGCUCGGAGCACAGGGAGAAGGUCUACUUCUUCUGUGAGGAUGAUGAGGCACAUCUGUGCGUGGUGUGUCGUGAGGCUGGGGAACAUGGAACCCACACAGUACGCUUCUUGGAGGACGCGGCUGGUCCCUACAGGGAACAAAUACACAAGUGUCUUAUGAAUCUAAGAAAAGAGAGAGAAGAGAUUCAAGAAAUCCAAUCAAGAGAAAGCAAAAGGAUACAAGUCCUCCUGACUCAGGUGGCUACCAAAAGACAGCAGGUGAUUUCUGAGUUUGCCCACCUAAGCCGAUUCCUGGAGGAACAGCAGGGCAUUCUGUUAACACAGCUGGAGAGGCUGGAUGGAGACAUCUUGAAGCAACAGGAAGAGUUAGAAUUCCUGGUCUCUAGGGAGAUCUGCCGGUUCAGUGCCCUGAUUGAAGAACUGGAGGAGAAGAAUGAGAGACCGGCAAGAGAGCUCCUGACGGAUAUCAGGAGCACUCUAAUAAGAUGUGAAACCAGAAAGUGCCGAAAACCAGAGGCUGUGUCUCCUGAGCUGGGCCAGAGGAUCCGGGACUUCCCCCAGCAGGCCCUCCCCCUGCAAAGGGAGAUGAAGAAGUUUCUGGAGAAACUCUGCUUUGAGUUGGACUAUGAGCCAGCUCACAUCUCUCUCGACCCCCAGACUUCCCACCCCAAACUCCUUCUGUCCGAAAAUCACCGGCGGGCUCGGUUCUCCUAUAAAUGGCAGAAUUCACCGGACAACCCCCAGCGUUUUGACCGGGCUACUUGUGUUCUGGCCCACAGUGGCUUCACAGGGGGGAGACACUCGUGGGUGGUGGGUGUGGACUUGACCCACGGGGGCAGCUGCACCCUGGGUGUGGUGAGUGAGGAGGUGCGGAGGAAGGGGGAGCUUCGGCUGAGGCCAGAGGAGGGGGUGUGGGCCAUCCGGCUGGCCUGGGGCUUCAUCUCCGCUCUGGGCUCCUUCCCCACCCGGCUGGCCCUGGAGAAGCAGCCUCGCAAGGUGCGGGUGUCUCUGGAUUACGAGGUGGGCUGGGUGACCUUCGCCAACGCCAUCACCCAGGAGCACAUCUACACUUUUACCGCCUCCUUCACUAGGGGGGUCUUCCCCUUCUUUGGGCUCUGGGGUCGUGGGUCCAGCUUCUCCCUGGAUUGCUGAAAGGGUUUAGUUACCCCAAACUCUAGUCAAGUAUGGUGUGGAUUUCAACCCUGCCUGGGUCACAGGGAAGGCUUGGGGUAGAAAUGACUUCUCUGGACAAUGCAGUGGUGACUGUGGCAAGGGAUGGGGAGACAGGGUGGGGUCACACCAUCAAGCCUCUCCCCAGUGCUCAGAGAUGCGCAGGGCAUCUGCAGACUCAGCUGCUGCCCGCUCCUCUCAUUCCCAGCAAGAACAGAAGUUACUGUGUACAGGAGAGAGGCCUGGAAUUGGAACCAGAAGAUCUGGAUUCUAGACCAAGCCUUGGAUGAUUUCAAACAAACAAACAAA